CCAAUAGCGCUGUGUUUCCACCAGGGGGCAGCUGUCAAUCAUCGAGCACGAGCAGGUCUCAGCGCACAACAGUGUCACGCGCCUCACUCGGCUUACUGCAGAAACAUGGAGCAACAAAACCCCAAAUUACCGAUUCCUCGACUGCCUUCCACAUCUCAAAAAACAUUUAAAAAGUUUAAAAGCCCUUCUUCAAAAGUGGCUGUAAGACGUUUAAGACAGUCGAGUAGAAUUUACAUUGGAGAUUGUUUUACACACGAUGGGAGAGAUUUUCGUGAUCUGCACGGCCUGAAAACGGAUGAAGAGUUGGCUAAGUAUCUUUUAGACAGUCAUCAGUCCAAAUAUGAAGCAUCAACAUCUACACCAUUGAAACGCCAACUGUGUAUUUCUCCAACACCAGUGCCAGCUCUGUCUAGCAUUCAUGGAGAAUCAUCUGAAAGGGAUGAUAAUUUGGAGGAGGUGAUGGAACAAGGUGAAACUAAAAAAGAAGGAUCUUCACAAAUGAUAGAGUCAUCAGAUGACACACGGUCACCAAACAGAGAACCAGAAGUUGAUUCGUCUUCAGAGGAGGACGAAACCAUCGAGAUGGACAGCGGUACUGAUGACAGCGGUGAUGAGGACUACACACCUUAUAUACACAUAAGGACUGGAGCAGCAUUAGAAAAAACAUUACAACUUGAGACUCUGCAAGAAAUUAACAUAGAGGAUACAGUUCAUGACUGUAAUAUCCCAGAAGCAACUGACCGACGUUUGACAAGCAAGAAAGGUCUUCCUCGACGCUACAAGCUAAGGCCUGAGGAUCCAAGGCGUUAUGGUUUGCUGUCCGGAGUUCCUGCACCAUCAACAGAGGAACUUCUACAACACCUACGGACUUGCGGUGAUGGUAAAAUAAAACAUUAUCUGCCUUACAUCUUCCACACAAUAGUCCAUUGCUAAUUGAGUUUAUUUUUUAUUUACAGGUAAAACUUUGCCACAGAUAUAGGUAUUGGGGGAGGCA